AUGGAUAAAAAUUCUGGUCAUUAUUUUAGGGAUUUGUUCAACUCUCCAAAUAUCGACGAAAAUUCUAGUGAGGAAAGUUCUCGAGUCCGUCCUAAUUUCUUCAAUUCUCAAUUUUCAUUUCUCACUCAACAUCCACCAAAUUUCCAACCUUUUCCAUACCCACCACUAUAUUACCAUAAUUUCCAAAGUUAUCCAAAUUCUUUGAGUGGCGACCCUCAAGCUCCGUUUUAUACAUAUCCUCCAGAAUAUUGCCAAAGUAGUCAGUAUUUCAUGCAAGCCCCAUCUCAUGGAAAUAAUCAGCUUCAAUCACUAGAGAUUCAAUCAAAUGAAUCGAGAAGAGCUAGUGUUGAUGCAGCUGACAAUGAUAAAGGUACACCUUAUGCAGUUCCCGAUUCACAAUUUCCUCUAUUCUCAUCUGAAAUAGGGUCCGACGAUAUUAUUCUAAAUCAAGCACCAGAGAUGGGCAACGAAUCAGAUGAAGAUCAUAGCAAGCGAACAGUAUGGACAGUAGCAGAUGAUAAGCUCCUUGCAGCGACCUACACAAUUAUGAGUGAAGAUUCAGUGGUUGGUAAUGCCCAGAAGAGUGAGUCAUUUUGGAAACGAGUUGUGGCAUACUUCAAUACCAAUCGAGCUAAGGGAGCUAAAAAGAGAACUGCGGAGAAAGCAAAAUCACAUUGGGCUUCAUUGAAAAAAGAUCGUAAAUAA